GGUUCUUCUGUUCCGGCGUUCCGGAUUUCCCAGUGUCCCACAUUCCGGCUUUUAGUACUAACCUCAGUCCAUUGUCUAAAUUCUAUUAACAAUGGCGACCGAAGAAGCGGUAUACCGAAAAGGCGAGGAUUAUAAGAAUGUUUGGGACAAAGCACAGACGAAACACACAGAUACGCAUUUAGAAAUCAUGGGAAAACCAGUAAUGGAGCGCUGGGAAACGCCGUAUAUGCAUAAACUUGCCGAAAUAGCCACUUCCCAAGGCGGUCGAGUUUUGGAGGUCGGGUUUGGCAUGGCCAUUGCCGCAACUGCGGUUCAAAGCUUUGAUAUUCAAGAGCAUGUUAUUAUUGAAUGCAACGGGGACGUGUAUAAGAAGUUGGAGAAGUUUGCCGAUGGAGCUAUUCCGAAAGUUACACCCAUGAAAGGUAAAGGUCUUCCAAGGCGUUCGUUCGAUCGUCGGAUUUUAAUAAUUGCAUGUGUUGAAUUCAAUUCUCUGAAUUCAAUAUUAUUUGUUGAUGCCCCCGGUCGAAUUGAUGCGAGAUGGCAGUCACGCACGGCCACCCAUUGUUACGGGGGACAUAGAUUCACAAAAUAAAGGUGUUCCAACUGUGUUUAAUUUUGCUUAGAUAGAAUAUAUGAUACAGAUAGUAUUGCGAAAUCAUUAAGAAUUAACCAAGGUCGCGACCUUGUUUUACACUUUUAUAAGUACAUGUAAAUAUGUAAUAGCUGUUCGCUUCCCAAGUCAAAACGGCUAUAUUUGCAUGCCUUGAAAUAUAAUUAUACACAUGUUCAUACUAUAGAUUUUCUGCCAAAUUAUAAAAUUAAUUCAAGGAUUUAGGUAAUUUAGAUUGUAAAUAUUGAACUAUGGAGUUAUUUUAUUGUCAUAAUAUAUAAACCUGACAGGGCAUUUUUUAACUAUAUAACUGGGGGGGGGGAGGCAAAGCCCCCAUGGUGCCCCCCACUCAACCAUUUUGGCCCCUCCAGUCAAAGUCCCUUUUCUCUAAAAUAUAAGCAAAACAUGGAAUUUAGAAGGAAGCUUUGAUAUUCUAGUAACUGAAAUUUGUGAAUCUUAUGUCCUGCCUUUUAUCUUUAAUGCUAAACAUUGUGUUGUAAAUACCUUAUUGGAUUUUAAACAUUUUCCAGUGGAUUGCAUAUCCCAGACCCUAUAAAUUUGAGUUGUUGGAAGGCUCGGCUAAACAAGUUAGUGACCGCAGGGGGCGUAGGAAGCAGGGGACAGCGGGCACUCAACCCAUUGUUUUAUAAAGAGGGGGGGAUGGAAUAGUUUUUGUCCCCACCAAAAAAAAACACCAUUUGAAUUUGAAACUAGAAGUAUUUGAAAUCUGUAAUCAAUAUUUUAAUAACAACAUUUCUCACAAUAAUCCAUCCUGACUCACGGAUAGCAUAGACUCGCAAAUCAUAAUGAAAGAAUUAAUGAAAGGGCCUAACGAAAGUGGUAGAGAAGACUUUGAAAAUGCCAUUUGCGACGAUCUAGAGACGCAAAAUUUUAAAGACCGAGUUGUCGUAUCUACAUAAACAUACGAUGUAAGUACAGUUCACUGAAGGUUCAGUCUAUCGACAGCAUAAUGUAAUGCUGUAUAUCCAAAAAUCUGUUUCAGAAAAUGCAGGAAUUGCAGUCCUAGGGGUAGAAAAAUACAAACAUUUUCUGGGGGUGAAUACCCCCAGAUCCCGCUACUAUUAAAUGCGAUACCACACCAAACUUUUUGUUACCAACAACCAUCUGUUAUCUCUCCACAGUCAGUAUAGUAUGGUCCCUUUUUGUAGACCCCCACUGACAAAUUCUUAAAAAAUGCCCUGAUAAACCAUAUAUUAUUUUACUGUCAAAGUCCGUAUUCAUGUUGCCACAAAUAACGUUGAAUCGACGUUAUAUGAGUGGGUGGGUUUUUAUGUGAACUUAUCAACGUUAUCUCAUGGCAAUCUGACAAUUUUCCAAAGUAACUAUCACAGCACAGCUUUUGUAUAAUAAUAACGUCGAUUCAACGUUAUUUGUGGCAACAUGAAUAUGGACAUGGCUAUAUUAGAUACAUGGGUAGAUAGCCUGAUUAACCCAUUGCCAGCACUCUCCCCUUUACAAGUAAAAUUAUCUGGUGUUAGACAGAGUAAGAUAAUAAAGUUGUAGGGCACAUUAGGGCACGAUGCAAGUUAAUGGUUAAUCAGACCAUCUGCCCAUGUGUGUAGUUAUCCCAUUAAGUUGAACGUACGAUAUCUGUGCCAGCAUAGGUAGUAACAAAAACACCAGAGAAAUGCAGAUGGAGAUGGGUUCAUCUACCUGAAAAAUACAAGCAAAACGUCGACGUUUCGAACAAAGCCAAAGGCCCUUUGUCGGGAACUUUAUAGUGAAAGUUUCACUCGAUCGAAGUUAAAUAAUUAUAGCUUGUAUUUGUCGACAAGUAGUUAAAUCCUGAUAUCUGACUUGCAGCCCAUUAGGCGUAAAAAAAAAACCUGUGGUUCCGGUUCCCGACCGACCCUAUUUUUUUCUGCCGACCCUAUUAUUUUUUCAACGUGAUUGACCGUGCGACCCUAUUUUCUCCAGGUGGUUGCGGGCUGCUCAUACAGCGUGCCAAAAUGGCGUCUGUUGUCACACUAAUUAUUGAACCAAAUUGCCUAAAUUCGUCCAUAGGAAAUACGCAUCUCUAGUUAACAUUGAUGUCGGGACUCUACUGAAAAUCGCCCAGCAAAAAAACGCCAAAACCAUGAAAAAAAUAUUCAAAAAAACUUUUUUUUCCGACCUACCGACCCUAAUUUUUUCACGAUAUGAAACCGGAACCACAGGUAUUUUUUUUUUUACGCCUUAAGGUGAAUUGUGCCUUAAUGCACCCCACAACUUUAUUGUCUUACUCUGUCUAAUGCCAGAUGAUUUACUCAAUGUUGGUGGGAGAAUGAUGGCACUCAAUGGUGCUCAAUUUGCUCAAUGCAAAUAUUUUAAAGUGGAAGUCAAGUCCGUUCUGCACAUCGGUUCUGCUCAUAAAAAUUUGAGGGCCCUCUCAUGUAAACAUUGCCCAAAUUUCUAAUGUUUCGAAUUUUUCUGAAUAUAAACUCUUAUUUCAUAUUCAUUUAGAAGCAUAGCGAACCAAAAUGGUGUUAGAUAUUCAGACAGUACAUCAUAUUUUAAAAAAUACAGCAGUUCAAAAUGUAAACAAACCGUUUGUUUACAUUACGGACUUGACUUCCACUUUAACUAUUAAUAAUAGCUUAGCAUGUGCCUUGUAAGCAGACAUGAUCUUUGUUUCUUAACAUUAAAACAACAUUUUAAGGUUUGUGGGAGGAUGUCGUGUCAAAAUUGGACGACGGAAGUUUCGACGGUAUCUUAUAUGAUACAUAUCCUUUGUCUGAAGAAACAUGGCAUACUCAUCAGUUUCCAUUUAUUAAAGAAGCAUUUAGAUUAUUGAAACCAGGUCAGUUCACUGUAAUAUUUCACAUAUACAUUUAAAACAUUCACUGAAGGGCACUUUACAUAACAAUUGUGCCACAGAGGUAUAGUGGAGGAUGAUCUCAAGUGCCUGAGGCCGGUUGUACGAAGGCCGGAUGGCACUAUCCACCGGAUAGUGAUUUUUUCAAGCUUUGUUAAAUCAGUCGUUGAUUGGUAUAACUCGUAUUAAAGUUUAGUAUUUAUAAGUUAAAUAUUUUUUAUACUUGUGUCGUCUAUAUCCGUAGUUUCACAGUUUUUCAAGCAUUUUACAAAGGUUGAAAAAUCCAUCCGGCCUUCAUACAACCGGCCCCUGACCCCCAAAAAUGAACACUGGAAUUUUCCAUAUUUAUCAUGUUGUCAGUCCCCCCGCCUUGUCACACCCCCCCCCACCCCCUCCCAGCACCAACUUUGGCAGCUCCCUUGUUAGUGUCCAGGAUUGCACCACUUAGUGAAGGUGCUUUGCCAGGUGAUACAUAGGUGACCUCAACUAACCUUUUGAGAAAUUAGGGCCUUCAAUCCAUAGGUAUAGUAUUUUUAACCUUUUUUACAGGUAGUUUAGACACAAUUAGACCAUGGCUGCACUUGCACAUCAGUUGAAGGAACAGAAUUAUUUAAUUCCAAAAAUAAUAUGCACACCUUUCCAACAUAAAACUUCUCCCUCGUACAAUUUACCUGCUAGUACAGGAAGAGUUUCACAACUUUUUUAUGGGUAUCUAGAUUUGACCAGUGAAUCAAAGUCAACCCUCUCAAAAUUGAGAUGAGAUUAGGGUCUUAGCUGCUACUUACAACAGACAGAAUUGGCUUCUAUUUAUUUCAUAAUAACAAAUAAUUGUAUUUCUUCAGUGAAAAUGUACAUGGCAAUCUUAACUACUAGUGACUGUAAGCAAUGUUUUCAGGGAUGCCGGAAGUUGCUGGGGGCAACGGGUGCAAUUGGUUAACAAGAGGGCAUAUUCCUUAACAAAAGGGCACUAAUGAAAAUGAAAGGGCAUCUAAAAAUUAUUUUUGGGGUUCCGGCAUCCGUGGUUCCGGCAUCCCUGAAUGUUUUCCAGCAUCAUGGACUGUUAGAUAAUUUGUGCAUAAUUUACAGUAUAUAAAUUAUACACCACACCUACCGAAAGUGAGCCGCUUUUUUCUUAAGAAAAUAAGAACCUAUUUAAGAGCCCAAUUUCCUGGUAAGCACGAUGUACAUACAGUAAGAACCUGUUUAGGGGGGAAAAUCUAGGUUCUUAUAUGCAGGGUUUUACUGUAUUUCGCAAAGUGUCUGCCACUAAGGGGCGAACCAUUAGGAAAGUGAUUGGAGGGGGCGGGGGGGGGGGGCAAAAAUAAAAAUCGUGCAUGGGGAAAAAGAAAGAAAAAAUAAUUCGACUUUUCAAUAGAGAAAAUUAUAAGUUGAAAUAAAAAAUUCGUGCAAGGGAUUAUAUUUAAAAAAAUUAUCGACACAAGCAAAAAAUUUUAAAAAAUAUUCGUACAAGUUAAAAAAGUCCCACCCCCAUCACUUUUCAAAUGGUCCGCCCGUAAUCUCAGGGUACGUGGCUCUGGUCUCUUCAGUUCAGUCAAAACUCUCAAACAUGCUUGUAUGUACAUGCAGGUGGUGUAUUAACGUACUGUAAUCUAACCUCAUGGGGAGAGUACUUGAAAGGGUCAUACAGUGAUAUUAGCAAAAUGUUCGAGGAGACCCAGAUGCCUAAACUGCUCGAAGUUGGUUUCAAGAAGGAAAAUAUAUCCACAGAAACUAUGAAGAUAUCCCCUGAUAAGGAAUGCAGAUAUUACAGUCACGGUGAGAUGAUUGCACCUCGUAUCAUAAAGUAAACAGGAAACUAAUACAUACUAUAAACAAUACAUAAUACAUACUAUAAACAAUACAACUAUAAACAAUACAUACAAUAUAUAGAAAGUACAAUAAAUUAAAUAUAUUUUUUGUAAGCAUCUAUAACAUUUUGUAUGUACAAUAUAUAUAUCCAUUCACAGAAUCAUUUUAAUGAAAAUUACUUUUUAUCGUGUUAACGUAUGAUGAAAAUUAAUUUUUAUCUUUUUAUCUGG